GAGCUUUACAUUUUCAAGGUUUCUUUACGUGGUAUUCCCAGAGCAGGGUUCGCCAUUGUAUGUAGCCUUUUGUUUUUCUGCAAAAACAAUUGUCACAGCAAGGAGAAACAGAAAGGCCCACCUGGAAUAUCUCAAUUUGACGCAUUUCUGCAAAGAGGCAAAUGGACAUCAUUUUAGGUGACAUGGCACAAAACUCGCAUUCGUACUUCCGUCCCAAUUGGCAUGCCGCCGCAUCUUCUUUAUACUGUCACCAGCUUGAACCUUUUGUAGAUAUGUUAGGCUCUUGUAUUUCUGAUUGCUUGACAAAUCGAAAGUCACAAUUAGAUCUUUUAGCAGAAGUUGUGGAGGAAGUUAUACUAGUCGCAUGGUUCAAUGGAGACUUGAGAAACUUUCCCAUGUUUGGAGGUCAAAGCAACUCGUGUAGGCAACCAUGCAUGAUUUCAGAGUCGAAGCUGAUGCUGUAAUCAUAAAUUUCACCUUAGCUGCUUUACUGUAAAUGCCUUUCUGUGCUCGCUUCUUCUGUAAGGGGCUAUCAGAUUAGUUUGUCAGCAAUAUUUAAUAUGGUUCACUUUUUUGUUGCUUUCCUAUUACCGUAACCAAAUUGGUUUUGUAGGAUCAAACCAAGCAGUUUCAUACAUUGCAUGCAUUGUUUCAUCAGCAUUUCAGAUGGAAAAUGGGCCUUGAAUUGUCUUCUAAGCCAAUGGAUUUUUCUAGAAUCUGAAGUGCAAUAGAAAAUUUCUGAAUUGAUCUACACAAAGAGUAAACAUUUUUUCUGUUGGAUGCUGGAAGUGCCUCUUAUACCCUGCAAAGUUGCAAUAUGUGGUGUCAUCAAAUACUUCUUAUAUAUAAUUAUAAGUUUAUCUACACCCCAAGGCUAACCAGUUGAUGAAUUAAUAUGGUGCUAACUACACGUUUAGAAUCUAAACCCAGUCAACACCCUGGUCCGAUGAUCCA